AUGAAGCCUCAGACCACUUUCGACCGGACAGACUUUGUGCCUAGCCAUGCUGGCGACAGUGUACUGCCCGCCGACCCGUUGUUCACUCGCCUGUUGAGCCUGGCACAUCGCCGGAAGCCUAGACCUGCAAUACGCGACCUCAAUGCAGGUGUCGAGAAGACAGCCGCUGAGCUACUGGUCGACAUUCUCAGACUUCGAAGAGUAUUGAAGCGCUCCCUCAGUCAACAAACUCUCGAUGAUCUGCAUAGAGGACGCGAAGUCUACAUCAGCAUCCUUGCUCCUGGUGGAUAUGAAUUUGCCAUCGGGGUCCUGGCUAUUCUUGCUCUGGGGGCGGCGGCAAGUCCAUUUAGCAGUGCUCAGCCUGUGAAAGAGGCGACCUACUAUGUCAACAAGGCGAGGUCGGUCGCGGUUGUGACAGCGACUCCGGCUCUUGAAAUGGCCGAGUCCCUUACCAGGGAAAUACGGAGCACCACCAAUCCAGAGUUCGCGCUCAUACCUAUCAGACUAUUCGAGGAAGAGCUCUUGAUAUCACUCAGUGAUAUCAAGAUCUCCUCCAACCGAUAUCUCGACCCCAACGGUCCAGGAAUUAUCAUCUUCACAUCAGGGACGACUGGACCGCCGAAGGGCGCGGUGCUGAAAAGAGCCGCCGUGACGGACAGUUCACUAUGUUUCGCACAGCAAAUUGGCAUCAAGGAAACCGAUGUACUCCUCCACCUAUUACCGGUCCACCAUGCUACAGGGAUUUGGGUCUCGUUCUUCCCGUUCAUUCAAACCGGGGCGUGCAUCGAGUUCAAGUCCGGGAGCUUUGACCCAGAGUGGACCUGGAAUCGCUGGCAGCAGGGCGGUCUCACGCAUUUCACCGGUGUGCCCACAAUCUACAUGAGGAUGAUGAGGUACUACCUCGAGCACAUAGCCAAGCUUCCGCGCCACGAGACACAGCGGUACGAGACCGCAGCUAGUGCAUUCGAAGUCUGUUUGUGUGGGACAUCUGCCUUGCCCAAACCAAUCAGCGACUUCUGGACCAAGAUGAUGAACGGUAGGCGUAUUGUACAGCGGUACGGUUCUACUGAGUUAGGGGUUGUAUUCAAUAUGUCUGCCGAUCCCUCGGUGGAAAUUCCUGAUGGCUCCGUUGGUGAGUUGACACUAGGCGUGGAUAUGAAGCUGUCCGAGGGCGACCAUGGAGAAGUGCUCGUGCGUUCCUUCGCCAUGUUUUCGAAGUAUAUACAUGACCCGCAAGCAACUGCCGAUGCCCACGACCCGGAUGGCUACUUUCGUUCUGGGGAUGUUGCCAGACAGGAAGGAAAGUACUAUUUUAUCGUCGGCCGCGAGUCCGUGGACAUUAUCAAAUCAGGAGGCUACAAAAUUUCCGCGCUGGACAUCGAGAGAGAAUUGCUGGCACUACCAUACCUGGGCGAGGCGAUGGUGGUCGGCGUCCCUGACGAUGAAUUUGGCCAGCGGGUGGGAGCGGUUGUCUCACUACGGAAUGAUGAGAUCGCUCAAGAAUUCUACCGAAAGAACAACCGAAGUGUUACGGCUCUAGACCUGGAUGAUUUGCGUGCAGACGUGAGAAGCCGACUGGCGGGUUACAAGUUGCCGACGCUACUGCGAAUCAUCACUGGCGAGCUGCCCAAGAGCGGCACUGGGAAAGUCGUCAAGAAGACUCUUGGUCCACAAUACUUUCCUCCUAAUUACGUUGAGGAUAAGGACGUUCAGGUCUGGCGCGGUAAGCGCGUUAGUCGGGGAUCCAAGUUAUGA